UGACCAGGAGAUCCCCAGAAUUCUGAAUGUAUUUAACUAACAAACUCGGUGGCAGAGCGACCAACCCGAGUCAGAAACAGUGAACUCAUCCGAGUUCUCUUCUUACCUGAACAAGCCGCUGAAAGUCAUAAGCGGCCCCAAUUUUGAAACCUAAGAAUGAGUGACCAACCAAAAUUGCAAGAACACCAAAAUUCGCUAAAACCAAUGGAAAAAUAUUAUCUUACCAACUGCGGAAUAUGCUUAUUGGAGGAAGGGAGAUCAAUCAGAGGCCAAAUAGAUUGCUGCGACCACUACUUUUGCUUCGUGUGUAUCAUGGAGUGGGCCAAGAUCGAAUCUACAUGCCCCUUGUGCAAGCGCCGCUUCACCAACAUUCUACAAACGCAAAAGGAGGGUCUUGUUCCGUGCGAGCGAAUCGUAAAUGUUCCAAAACGCGACCAGUUUUGCAGGUUUACCAUCAUUUUGGAAAUGCAACAGUUGGGCCUUUUGAUUCUUAUGCUCAUGUGAAGUGUAGUGUGUGCCAGGGCACCAAUGAUGAUAGUCUAUUACUACUUUGUGAUCUUUGUGAUCUCGCUGCUCAUACUUACUGUGUUGGCCUGGGUGCUACUGUACCUGAUGGUGAUUGGUUUUGCCAUGAUUGUGCUAUUUUGAGGGCCGAGCAUAACAAUGCUGAAAUAGAUACUGAUGCUGACAAUAAAACUCUUUCCAUCUUUGAUGUCAUACACGAAGAUACAGAUGAAAUGAGAAUUUGGAAGCCUCAUCUGAUGGCCUCUUUAGCACUUGUUGUUAACUCCGGAGCAGGUAUCAAUGUUGCAAAUGAAGUAACUUUGUUAGAUAGAGGAACUUAUCAGAAUAAUGCAGAUCAACCACCCAAAUUGGAUGUGCGAACGCUGCAUCUUUCUCAGGAUGUCCAAAGUCAUAUACAAGCACUACGUGAAAACUGGAAUGCAUUGCGAAAUGGAUCCUUAAGCUUUGCUUCUAGUUUGGGUCAACCACAUUCCUCGACCUCCCAAGGUUGUCAGCUACUGAGAGCUCGGGAUGGUUUGUCUCAGGGCAUUGAACAUAACAAUUACGGAAGUUCACAUGAUAUAGAUAAAGCAUGGAAAAAGAUGAAAAUUGCCAAGUCAAAGCAGCAGAAUUGUGGAAGGGCAAGCAGUGUUCAUCUUGCCUCAAAGUCAAAACAUCCUUCUGUAAAGGGAAAAGCUCCCGAGCAAGCCACUAGUACCAGUUCAAGUCUUCAUAUAGUUAAUAGAAAACAACCUGGAGAUAGUGUUCUCAGCAUAUCUGCCUUUGAAAAGAAGAGGAGGUAUAAUUCUCCUGAAAGCAAACCUGCAAACCAUAGAUUUCCAAAGUCAGAAAGUCAAAAGCCAAAUCAGUUUAUGACUCUUAAACCGUGUGAGGGGCGUUCGACUACUCAGUCAAUACGAUUAUCUGAAUCUUCUUCAUCUAGGAAGGCCGAAACUCAAUGUGACCUUCGUCAUGCCAAUAGGGCAAGUUUGUCGGCAAAAUGUUCACAUGAAGCUUCAUCAAGUGCUAGUCACGAGCAAGCUGGUUCUUCUUAUUCAAUAAAUUUGAUUGGGUCACUGCCUACAACAUAUGAUUCAUGUAACAGGAAACCAGAUCUCCAUACAUUUUCCUUCGGUGAAGUAGAUAACCUCAAGGGAAAAGGUCGGUUGGGGAAGGAUUGUGCUAGAAGGAAGGAAAUAAAAGAUGAUGAUGCCAAGAACGAGAUCCGUUCUCUUGUCAAGCUCAACUUAAAGCUUCUAAGCAGAGACAGACAAUUAGGAUUUGAUGUAUUCAAGGAAGUUGCUAGGCGUGCCACACAUACCAUAUUGGCAGCAUGUGGUUUGGAGCACCCAAGGUCUAAUAUUCGUAUAUUUCCAAGCUCAGUAGUUCGCAGCCAUAGUGAACAUAUUCAGCAGCUCCAUAAGUCCACCCUGAUGCCAAAUUCUUGCCGAGAAUGCUUUUAUAUCUUCGUAAAGGAUGUUGUCAAAGCCAUUAUGUUUGAGAAAUGUGGUCGCGGCAAAUCAUGCUAAUGUCUCUUAUUCAGGUAAAUUCUGCUGCGCAACUUCAUAAGGGGAAAAUUUAGUUCCUUUUCCCCCUCUAUAUUGCCAAACAAAUAGGUUUACUUGUAUAGAUUGAUUCAUUAGCAUCUGUAAAAAAAAAAAUUCUUACAUCAGCACGAAUAAAAUAUUUCGCAUCAUACAUAUUUAUAAAUCUGUACAACGUUUAUAAAUAAAUGAAAAUGAGAGAGCAGCAUGUACAUAUGCAGCAAAUAUUCAUAGGUUUU